GCCGACUUCCUCUCUAUCCGCCCGUCUCUGUGGUCGCCGGGCCCCGCCCCGCCCCUCUCAGGCGGCCCCGGGCCGCGGACUCCGCCCGGAGCGGGCAGGCGGGAGCGGCGGCGCCGGGGUCGGGCGAGCCGGGUCAUGGCGGCCCCCGGGUCCGCGCCGCGGGCAGGCGCCAGGCCCAGGCUAGAUGUGCAAUUUCUCAAGCGGUUCCUACAGAUACAGAGGGUUUUAUUUCCCUCUUGGUCAUCACAGAAUGCCUUGAUGUUCCUGACCCUUUUGUGUGUGGCCCUACUGGAACAAUUGGUGAUCUACCAGGUUGGCCUGAUUCCCAGUCAGUACUAUGGAGUCCUGGGAAACAAAGACUUGGAUGGGUUUAAGAGCCUGACGUUCCUGGCUGUUGUGCUCAUCGUCCUCAACUCCAUGCUGAAGAGCUUUGACCAGUUCACCUGCAACCUGCUGUAUGUGAGCUGGAGGAAGGACCUCACCGAGCACCUCCACCAGCUCUACUUCCGGGGCCGCGUGUACUACACCCUCAAUGUGCUGCGGGAUGACGUGGAUAACCCGGACCAGCGCAUCAGCCAGGACGCGGAGCGUCUGUGUCGGCAGCUCAGCAGCAUGGCCAGCAAGCUCAUCAUCUCCCCCUUCACCCUGGUCUAUUACACUUCCCAGUGCGUCCAAAGCACGGGCUGGCUCGGGCCUGUGAGCAUCUUCGGCUAUUUCAUCCUGGGGACCAUAGUGAACAAAAUGCUGAUGGGCCCCAUUGUGGCGAAGCUGGUGCAGCAGGAGAAGCUGGAAGGGGAUUUCAGGUUCAAGCACAUGCAGGUCCGCGUGAAUGCCGAGCCUGCCGCUUUCUUCAGAGCCGGGCAUGUGGAGCACAUGAGGACAGACCGCAGGCUGCAGAGACUCCUUCAGACCCAGAGGGAGCUGAUGUCCAAGGAGCUCUGGCUGUACAUCGGCAUCAACACGUUUGACUAUCUGGGCAGCAUCCUGAGCUACGUGGUGAUCGCCAUCCCCAUUUUCAGUGGCGUCUAUGGAGAUUUGAGCCCCACAGAGCUCAGCACCCUGGUCAGCAAGAACGCCUUCGUGUGCAUCUACCUCAUCAGCUGCUUCACCAGACUCAUCGACCUCUCCACCACGCUCUCGGAUGUGGCCGGUUACACUCACAGGAUCGGGGAGCUCCAGGAGGCUCUGCUGGACAUGUCCCUGAAGUCGCACGAUGGUGAGACCCCGGAUGACAGCGAGUGGGACUUAGACAGGACCCCACGAUGGCCGGCAGCAGGGCCAGCGGACACGGCUUUUGUCCUUGAGCGGGUCUCCAUCACUGCGCCCUCCUCCGACAAGCCCUUAAUCAAGGAUUUGAGUCUGAAGAUCUCCGAGGGGCAGAGUCUGCUCAUCACGGGCAACACGGGCACCGGCAAGACCUCCUUGCUCCGAGUUCUGGGUGGCCUUUGGGCGAGCAGCCGGGGUUCAGUGCAGAUGCUGACAGAUUUUGGCCCCCAUGGGGUGCUGUUCCUGCCGCAAAAGCCCUUUUUCACCGAUGGGACUCUUCGGGAGCAGGUGAUUUACCCACUGAAGGAGAUCUACCCAGAUUCAGGUUCAACUGAUGAUGAGAGAAUCCUGAGGUUCUUGGAGUUGGCCGGCCUGUCCAGCUUGGUGGCGAGGACAGAGGGUCUGGACCAGCAGGUGGACUGGAACUGGUACGAUGUUCUCUCCCCGGGGGAGAUGCAGAGACUCUCCUUUGCUCGCCUCUUCUACCUGCAGCCCAAGUACGCAGUGCUGGACGAAGCCACCAGCGCCCUGACUGAGGAGGUGGAGAGUGAACUGUACCGCACUGGCCAGCAGCUGGGCAUGACAUUCAUCAGCGUGGGACACCGGCACAGCCUUGAGAAGUUUCAUUCCUUGGUUCUGAAACUCUAUGAAGAAGGAAGCUGGGAGCUGACGAGGCUCAAAGUGGAGUGAAGCCCAGAUGUGGUCGGCCGCUUGCAGCAGAGCCCAGCUCAGGCAGCUCUGCAGCCCCAGGAGAGACCCAGAGGCCCAGGGGUGCGUCCGCCUCUCGGGUCCUUGGUGGGGAAUGCUGGGAGCUCUUGGUGCUGCCAGACCUCAGCUCAUGUCAAGCACUGAGGACUUUCAAAUGCCUUCAGGUUGUGUUUUCUAGAGAAAAACCUUUGAGUGCAAACUCUAAGAAAUGAGUCAAAGAACACUGGAUUUGAAAGCCAGAAAUCUGUUGAAAUCAACUUAAAUUUUGCAACCAUAGAUUUUUAACUUUAAUAAAUCAACCAUUUAAAAUGCAUAA